AUGUCGAAGUCAUCAUGGAUGAGUCGGGUCGGGCGCUUAGAUCAGUUCAUCCGAAACCCCGGAUCCGAGAGGUCUAGAGCUCCCGAUAUUUCAGUUCGCAAAUAAGUUAAAAUGCUCAUUAAACUGAUUUUAACGCUGAUAAUUGGUUAUGGCGGCAUUUUUGCGCCUGGCAGUGCACAAAAUCUGCUGGAUCGACUGCGUCCGGUGAAUGUAACUCGGUUUGAUGAUGGAAUCAAGGUGGUUUCUGGCACAAAAGUAAAGCGGUACGAACGGCUGACGGUCCCGCUCGGAGGUCCCGUCGGAAUUCCAGGAGGUGCUGGCCUCCUGGGACCUCUACUACCUCCACAACCGUCGUAUUUGGGAUAUGCCUAUCAGUUGGUGCCCCAAUGGCAGGCGGGUGCAAAACUGGUUGGUGAUGGGGAAGGAGCGAGCGUGGCAGGCAUGAUAUCCUUCGUUCAGCUUCCUUACAACUCGGACAUUAAGGUGACUAUCAAUGUUACGGGACUACCUCCUGGCAAACAUGCCCUGCAUAUCCACACCUUCGGAGAUCUGAGUGAUGGUUGCAAGUCCACUGGCGGACAGUUUCCCAACAAUUUCCUCGGCAAUGUGGACACCAAGGAUGAUGGUAGUAUCUCGGCGGUUUUUCAGAGCAUCUACUUGCAAUUGUUUGGCAUCAAUGGAAUCGUUGGGCGGUCCAUUGUGAUCCACAGCAAGGCGAUCGAUCUGAAUACGGCCCUCAAUGCGGAGGUCUUUUCGUCCUCCCUCCAAGUAAUGCCAAAUCCUUUGGCUUAUCAGAAUGAGGAGAACUCGGUGGGUCCGGCAAUUGCCUGUGGAGUCAUCAGUCUGAUGAGCACAUCAGCUAGUUCAUCAGGUAUGGCCACCGCAGCACCUGCACCUGCAAUGGAAAGUCCGGAGAUUUAACUUGUAUUCUAACACUAAUCUUAAUAAAUCUUAUCUUAUAACUCAA